AUGUCGAAAGAGAUGAAGACGUUUAUCAAGUACUUUCUGGCGGUCUACAAGGGCUCUUCUGAGCUCGAGCUUGCCCAGUACCACCACAAGCUUCUGUGCAGGAGUGAGCGCAGCGAGAACGACAACGCAAGGCUGAUCGCCAUCGAGUGCCUCAUGUGGAAGGGCAACACAGUCGUCGUCGACCAGCUCGCGUGCGUGCCGACCGCCAAAGCGGCCAAGACCUGCAAGAGGCCCACCAUCGCCGGCUGCCUCGACUACGUGUGGGACAAGGGCAGCGUCGUCUGGACCAAGGCCGUCAUCGUCGACUGCAUGUGGUGCCACAAGCACCGCAAGCACUGCCACUACAUCGUCGUGGACAAGGAUCGCUCCCCCUCCACCUGCAUGAUCAACUUGCACGGCUUCGCAGACCCUGCUUUUGCGUACGAGGUCGACAAGACGGGCCUUUCCGAGGACCCGGAGCCGGACUUCGACGACCCAGCCCACCUCGAGCCCAUCUUCGGCUGGUCGCUUCAAGAAGUCAGGGAGUACGUCCGCCGCCUCCGCGAGCGCAUGGAGCCCGCAUCAAGGUCGUCUCGAUCGCGCCUCGCUCAUCGCCUCUUCGUCUCGGGCACUGUCGGCACCAGCAGCACCAUGUAUCCGCCUGUCGCCCACAUGACGCCAACAAUGGUCCACCAUCGGCACCCGGUGCCAGUCGACCGCGUCCGCAUCAAUAGGAUCCCAUUGCCGACGGCACCGACGGCGGAACGGCAAGGCGACGGCGUGGAACAAGGAAAAGAGGAGUGA